AUGUUCCAACACCGCCUCGUGGUUCGCUACACACAACUCUCUCGAGUGGUCUCCCGCCGUCACAUUUAUCCCAGCGAACACCAACCAAUUUGCAUACGCCCAAGUUCUCCUCUCGCCAAUCCUCGCGGUUACGAGAUCGCUUCCUCGCAAUGUGGCCCUGGCCACCGCACCUAUAACAUACAACCCCACCACGGGGCUGGGCCCCUGAUACGGUCUAUCAUCACUCGGCGUGGACUGUGCAGCGGCGAUCACCGAUUCUCUCACCUCAGAGCUGUCUUCAUCACGGUCCUGGCCCGGACGGAACGGUUGGCCCGGCACCGCCUACUUCUGGAAACACUCCUCAGCUUAACGACAGCUACAAUCCAGCUACAACAACUCCACAGAUCUUUGCACUCAAAUGUUCCAACACCGCCUCGUGGUUCGCUACACACAACUCUCUCGAGUGGUCUCCCGCCGUCACAUUUAUCCCAGCGAACACCAACCAAUUUGCAUACGCCCAAGUUCUCCUCUCGCCAAUCCUCGCGGCUACGAGAUCGCGUUUCCAUAAGUCCGACUCACCGUAAUGGUGGUGUUUCUUUCUUCGGACCAAUUACUGCCCUACACACCAGACACAAACGAACCCUCUUAUGCCGAGAACUGAGGUUAGUCUCAUUUUCAUGUCCACAAGUAGGUUUCUUGUGA